AUGUCUUCAUGGUUUUCAUCAUAUUUAAACUACUCUAAAAAAGUUAGUGAAAUGAAUGAUAGCAAAAAUAAUGAAAAAAAAAAUUCAUCUCAGAAUAAUACUCAAUAUAGCUCUUCAUUUCCAAAUGACUUGUCAGCAAGUUCUUGGUUAACAUCAGAAAAUUUUCAAACAUGUGUUGGAAAUUUAGAUCCUGAACAACAAGAACAUAUAAAAUUAGUUCUUGAAAAAGCACAAAAAAGUGCUAAAGAUGCUAGAAUAGUUAUUACACCCGAACUUCUUAGAAAAGGUUCUAUUAAAUUACAUGAUAAUGAUGUUAUAGAAAAUGAAGGUAUUUCAAAUGAUAAUAAAAAUGAUUUUCUUGAAAUGGAAGAUAUUCCAGAUGCUAUAAGUAUAAGCUUGGGAACAGCUUAUUCGUCUUUAAAUAAUUCUACUGAUCAUUUAAAUACACUUUCAAAUGAUUAUCUUGAUUCUAAUGAGGAUAUAGGAUUAAAUGAUAGUAUUUCAGAAACAACUAGUAGUAAAGGAAUUUAUUUUAAUGCCUCAGAUACAGAUAAAAAAGAAAAUAAUGAAAGUAUUUAUAAAGAAAUUGCUUCAGUAACAUCAACAAUAUAUAACUGGAUACAAAAUUUAGAAACACAAAAUGAUAAAAAAGAAAUAACAUGUGAAAAAUCUCAUGAAAAAAUCUAUAAUGAUCCCAAUUUUACAAAUGAAAUAUAUGAAAAUAUUAAUCCUCACAAAAAUAGUAGUAAUGGUGAAAAAGAUAUUAAUAUUUUAACAACAUCAAGUAAAUCAAAAAAUUUAACAAACAAUUUAUCAUAUAUUUAUCCUUCACCAAUAGAUAUUUUUUCUAUCAAUUUUGUUAACAAUAUUUGUCAGGAGAUUUUUAAAGAAGUGCAAAAUAAUAAAUUAAACUUAAAGAAAAAAUAUAAAUAUGAGAGUAUAAAUUGUUUAGAAUUAAAUUCUAUUACUAAUGAUAACAUUGAUAAAUUUUGCACAACUUUAGUAAACAAUAUAUUAUCAAGUGUAAUAAAUGUAAUGGAAAUUGGAAACAAAAAAUUUAAAAAAGAUAAUGAAGUUUUAACCUUUUAUUCUAGUAAUAAUAUUACUUCUUUAUCAGAUGAAAAUAUGAUAAAGAAAGUGUCAAAAGAAAAAAUAUUUGAAGAAAAUUUAACAAAUUAUUUUGAAUAUAUUGAUAAGACAGAUAAUACUAAUAAAAUAAAACAUGCGAAUGUUGAGAUAACAAAUGAUGGAUCAAAAGAAGAUUUAUAUCAAUCUUAUAUAAUUGAUAAAUAUACAAAUGAAAAUAAUAUAAAAAGCUUAGAAUAUUCAAUAAAUAAUAAAAUUCUAGUAAAUAAAAGUGAAGAUAUAAAAGAAAUAAAUUCAGAAAUAAAAAUGAAUGAAUUUGAAAAUGAUAAUAUUGAAUUGGAUAACAUUUCAUCAUCAUUAUCAUCAUUAUCAGAUUCUAUCGAAGUAAAAGUUUAUGACAUUUCUGAUAUAAAAGAAGAAUUAAAUAUAUAUUUAGAUGAAAGAGAAGAUAAAGAAAUACAAAAGAUAGAAGAUUCUUCAUAUUUAAGUUACUAUGAAUCAUUCUAUAAUAAAUCGUCACCCUUUGUAAGUCAAUUGCAAAAAUUUGACACAAUAAUUGAAGAAAAAUCUGAAGAAUAUUCUGAUUGCUACUCACAUACUUGUUGCGAAGAAAAUAAUUGUUCAUUGUCACAUCAAAAUCUUUCUGAUCUCUAUGUUAUUGAGUCUCCUGAUUUAGAUAAAAUUGAAUGUGAUAAAAAAGAGAUAAAUAAUGAGACAACAACAAUACCUUAUCUUAAUAAAGAUUUACCAAUAUUUCUUAAUAAAGAUAAUAAAAUUCCAGCUUACUUUGCUGCAUUAAGUCAAUUUAAAAAUAAACCAUCAUUAUAUUCAAGAAGUCUUGACAGUAAAGAUUAUUUAUAUGAAGAAAAAUUGAUAAUAGAUAGUUUUGAAGAAAAAUUUAAUUCUUCAACAGAAAAUGAAUCAACAAAAUAUGAUAGUUCAACUAAACAAAAUAGUGAAAAAAGUAGUUUUAAUGAUGAAAAAAUAAAUUAUAAUAUUGAGGAAAAUAAAAAUGAGGGAGAAGAUAUAUGUAAAAGAUCAUUUACUAAUAAAACUUCUCUUUCUUUAAAUGAAUUUUCAUUCACAUCAAAUGUAGAAACAAUUGAAAAAUCUAUGGAUACUUCAGAAGAAGAUUAUUAUGAUGUUAGUAAUUAUGAAAUCUAUAAUGAUCCUAUAUUAACAUGUACAAUUAGGAAAAAUUUUUCUAAAACUGAAAAUGAAGAAAAGAUUUUAAAUAUUAAAAAUGAAGAAUCUACUAGUUUUUUUUCGGGUAAUAAGAAGCCAUUUAGUUUUAAUAAUGGUAUUUCUUUAAAUUCAUUUUCGCAACAUAUAAUAAAUAGAGACGCAUCAAUCAAAUUUUUAUCCUUCUCAGAGCCUUAUGAUUUAAAUUUUAUAGACGAUAUUGGUAUAAUAAAGAAUUUUAGUAGAAAUAAUAAGAAACAAAAUAUAAAUAAUUUUAAUUUUUACCAUAAUUCAAAAAUUACUCAAAGUUUAUAUAAUUUAAAUGAUGUAUCCAUUAAUUCGUUAAAUUCAAUUAAAGGAAAGUUUAAUAAUAAAAUAAGUAUUUCAUCUGGAGAGACAUCUGGUGCUGAUGGUUUUGGAGAACUAUGUUAUUUAGACAGAAGUUAUAGCAGUUAUACAAGUGUUCUUUCUUAUGAUAGAAGUACUAUUGAAUCAAAUUUACCAAAUCAAACAUCUAAUGAUUUAAAUGAUAGUUUAAAUACAGAAAAAACAACUGACUUAACAAAUUCUAAAAUUAAUUGUAUUAAUCAAGAAGAAAAAAGUGAAGAUAGCAAUGAUAUAUUAAUAAAUUAUGUUUUAACUAGUGAAAAUACCAAAAAUGUACAAAAAUCAAUGAAAGAAAUGAAAGAUUAUCAUUUAAGUUUAUUUGAUAAACUUGAAAGUAAUAUUAAUAAAAGCACUAUUAAGAAUAUGUUAUUUGACAAUGAUAAUCAAUUAAAUUAUAAAGAAGAUGAUGACAAUUCUAUUGAAACUAAAUUUAAUGAUAUUAAAAUUGAUGAUGAUACUAAAUUAGCUAAUAAGAAAAUUGUAAAAAAAUUAUCAGAUUAUUUUAAAAUAUUAUCUGUUGACUUAAAAAAAACAAUUGAUAAUGAUGAAAUGAAAAAUAAACAUAUGUUUGAAACAACGAAGAAAUCUUUCGAUAAUAUUAAUAGUGAAAAAAACAAAGAAGGAGAUAAAUUUGAAAAUCCAGAAGUUAAUAAUAUAAAUUCAUGUAAAAAUGAGUUAUUAAAUUUUCAUAAAAAACUUGAUAAAGCUUUUGGAAGUUUAAAUAUUUCAAUUGAUCAAUACAAAUAUGAUAAAGUAAAAAGACUUUCAAUUGUAAAUGAAAUGGCUUCGGAAGAUCAAAUAUCUGAUGAAACAAAAAGUUUGUACUCAGAUGAUGAAGAAUCUUCUAUUAUAGAAUCAUCAACAACAACAUCUGGCGCAGAUGCAGAAAGUGUAUCAAGUGAAUAUAACAUAGAUAAUAAAAGUAACGAAGAAAAAAAGGAAGACAAAUCUGAAUUAACAGAAAAUAGUGAUAUAGAAGAAAAGGAUAAUUAUGAUGAUAAAUCAUUAUCAAAUUUAUCUGAUGACUACGAAGAGGUGAAAAGAUUCCAAAGUUAUAUUGUUAGAGCUGACACAAGAAAAUCUUCUACAUCAACAUCAGGAGCUGACGAUAUUGCAACAUCAUCAUUUGAAUCAUUUGCAGAUAAAAAAAUUUCGGUAGAAGAAACAAUAGAUAAUAUUCAAAUAAAAAAUGAUUUUUUAAAUAAAAAAUCAAUUGAUUUUACAAAUAUUGAACCUAAUACUACUGAGGAAAUGACUCUGUUUAAAAUUAACAAUAAGUUAUCAAACAAUUCAAUAGUUAAUGACGCAUUACUAGAUAAUGAACAAUUUACAACUUCUUCAGCAACAUCCGAAAUAUAUAAUCAAUCAUAUUUAUUAAAAUCACAAUUGGACAUGCAAAAUCCUUUAAAUAAUAUAAUGGAUUCAAUUGUAUCUGAAAAUUAUCGAAAAAAUAAAUUUAAUAUAAAUUUAACAACAAAUGUUGAAAAAAUAUUGUUUAAUCAGUUAACAGAAAAUGACAUCGAUAGAAAAGACAAUAAAAAUACAGUAUCAAAUAAUUACAUUAAAGAUAACAUAACAAAUUAUCCUGAUAUAAGUAAUAAAACUUGUAAUAUAUCAAAGAUAUUCGUAAAAAAUGUAUCAGAAGUCGAAAGCAUAAAUAGUAUUGAUGAUGCAAUAAAUGGUAGGAAUAAAAGUAAUUCAAUUGAUAAUCAGAAGAUUGAAGAACUGAUAGACGAAAUAAAAGAUGAUCAAAAUAAAAUAGAUUUAUAUGAUACUAGUUUCAUGUUAAAUAAUCCACAACUACAAGAUUAUGAGUACAUUGAAAAAGUUGCAAGGGAAAGGGCAUAUGAUAAAGCAAUAUUUAAAUACUUUACUACAUGCAAGCAAGAAACACCAACUGAUGAAGUUGUUUCUUCUAAAUAUUUUAAUCAACAAUCAUUGGGAAGUAUAGUUAAAUUAGUUGACAACAAAAAAGAUAACGUUACAUUGAAUGAUUAUGGUAAAUAUGAAUAUAAUACAAAUAACCAAAAAAGAUGUUCUGUUGAUGUGCAAAAAAAUACAAACCUUGUUAAACUUCCAAAGAAAGAAGAAAACGUAUUAACAAAAGAAGAACUAGAUCAUAUUCAUUAUGUAAAAAAAAUGUAUAAAAUUAAACCAAAUAACAAAAAGGAUACUGAAAAAUAUGAUAAAAAUAAUUGCACAACAUUUUUAAAUUCAAACUUUUUAAAUAAUUCAAAUAAUGACAAUAAUAUAAUAUCAACUGACAAAAGCACAGAUUCAUUAUUUAAUGUUUCUUAUAACCAAAUAAAUCCAAUAGAUGACAUAAGUAAUAACGAACAAUUUUUAUCAAAAAAUGAUGAAGAUAAAAUUGAUAGAAUAACUCCAAAUCAGAAUUCUAAAAAUAAUAUUAAUUUAGUUGAAGAAAAUAUUUCAUAUUUAAAAAUUUUGGAAAAAAAUUCUGAAGAAUAUCAGAUUCAACAAACCGUUCAUGAAAUAUGUACUUUAAGAAUACAAGAAAAAAUUCAAAAUAUAAAAAACAAUAGUAAACAUUUUGUUAAAAAAAAUAGUGUAAAUAAUCAAAAUAUCCAAGGAGAAAAGAAAAUUUUAAAUAAAUUAGAUAGUAUUGAAAAUAUAGAAAAAGAAAGAAGUGAAUUCGAAACAAAUGUUGCUUUAGAUACACUAUUUUACGAUCAAAAACAAGUUAAUUUAAAAAUAAAAGAAAAAUCUGAAAGUUCUAAUUCAUCAGAAACUUCGGGAGCUGAUGAUAUAAAAUUUUCAAUUGAUUCAUCUUUUGAUCAUUCGUACCCAAUUGACAUUCCAUGUUAUAAUAAAAAAGAAUCUCCAAUUGAAGAAAUUUCAAUUGAUAAAACUGUUACUAAUUUAGGUAACAAACAACAAGAAUAUGAAUUAACGGAAGAAGAAUUAGCACAUAUUGAAUAUAUAAAGAAAAUGGCUGAAGAAUCAGAAAAAGAUUUAAAUUUACCUAAUUCAUUCUCAACACUGAAACAAGAUACAUUAAAUGAAAAUAUUUCAUCUGAAUAUUCUAAUUCAUCAGAAACUUCUGGUGCAGAUGAUAUAAAAUCUUCAUUUGACUCAUCUUUUGAUCAUUCACAUACAGUUGAUGUUUCAUCUUAUAAUAAAAAAGAAUCUCCAAUUGAAAAAAUUUCAAUUGAUGAAUCUGUUGCCAAUUUAGAAAACAAACAAGAAGAAUAUGAAUUAACGGAAGAAGAAUUAGCACAUAUUGAAAAUAAUAAAAAAAUGGCUGAAGAAUCAGAAAAAGAUGUAAAUUUACCUAAUUCAUUUUUAUCUCAUAAACAAGAUACAUUAAAUGAUAAUAUUUCAUCCGAAAAAUCUAAUUCAUCGGAAACUUCUGGUGCAGAUGAUAUAAAAUCUUCAUUUGACUCAUCUUUUGAUCAUUCACAUCCAAAUGAUAUUCCAUGUUAUACUAAAAAAGAAUCUCCAAUUGAAGAAAUUUCAAAUGAUGAAACUGUUGCCAAUUUAGAAAAUAAACAAGAAGAAUAUGAAUUAACGGAAGAAGAAUUAGCACAUAUUGAAAAUAUAAAGAAAAUGGCUGGAGAAUCAGAAAAAGAUGUGAAUUUACCUAAUUCAUUUUUAUCUCAUGAACAAGAAACAUUAAAUGAAAAUAUUUCAUCUGAAAGUUUAAAUUCAUCAGAAACUUCUGGUGCAGAUGAUAUAAAAUCUUCAUUUGACUCAUCUUUUGAUAAUUCACAUACAAUUGAUGCUCCAUAUUAUACUAAAAAAGAAUCACCAAUUGAAGAAAUUUUAAUUGAUGAAGCAGUUGCCAAUUUAGAAAAUAAACAAAAAGAAUAUGAAUUAACGGAAGAAGAAUUAGCACAUAUUGAAUAUAUAAAGAAAAUGGCUGAAGAAUCGGAAUUAGGUUUAAAUUUACCUAAUUCAUUUUUAUCUCAUAAACAAGAUACAUUAAAUGAUAAUAUUUCAUCUGAAAGUUUUAAUUCAUCAGAAACUUCUGGUGCAGAUGAUAUAAAAUCUUCAUUUGUCUCAUCUUUUGAUCAUUCACAUACAGUUGAUGUUCCAUCUUAUAAUAAAAAAGAAUCUCCAAUUGAAGAAAUUUCAAUUGAUGAAACUGUUACCAAUUUAGAAAACAAACAAGAAGAAUAUGAAUUAACGGAAGAAGAAUUAGCACAUAUUGAAAAUAAUAAAAAAAUGGCUGAAGAAUCAGAAAAAGAUGUAAAUUUACCUAAUUUAUUUUUAUCUCAUAAACAAGAAACAUUAAAUGAUAAUAUUUCAUCUGAAGAUUCCAAUUCAUCAGAAACUUCUGGAGCAGAUGAUAUUAAAUCUUCAUUUGACUCAUCUUUUGAUCAUUCACAUACAGUUGAUGUUCCAUCUUAUAAUAAAAAAGAAUCUCCAAUUGAAGAAAUUUCAAUUGACGAAACUGUCACCAAUUUAGGAAACAAACAAGAAGAAUAUAAAUUAACGGAAGAAGAAUUAGCACAUAUAGAAUAUAUAAAGAAAAUGGCUAAAGAAUCAGAAUUAGGUGAAAAUUUACCUAAUUCUAUUUUAACACAGAAACAAGAUACAUUAAAAGAUAAUGUUUUAUCUGAAAAUUCUAAUUCAUCAGAAACUUCUGGAGCUGAUGAUAUUAAAUUUUCAUUUGAUUCAUCUUUUGAUCAUUCACAUCCAAUUGAUAUUCCAUGUAUUACUAAAAAAGAAUCUCCAAUUGAAGAAAUUUUAAAUGAUGAAACAGUUGCCAAUUUAGAAAAUAAACAAGAAGAAUAUGAAUUAACAGAAGAAGAAUUAGCACAUAUUGAAAAUAUAAAAAAAAUGGCUGAAGAAUCAGAAAAAGGUUUGAAUUUACCUAAUUCAUUCUUAACACAGAAACAAGAUUCAUCAAAUGAUAAUGUUUCAUCUGAAAGUUUUAAUUCAUCAGAAACUUCUGGUGCAGAUGAUAUAAAAUCUUCAUUUGACUCUUCCUUUGAUAAUUCACAUCCAAAUGAUAUUCCAUGUUUUACUAAAAAAGAAUCUCCAAUUGAAGAAAUUUCAAUUGACGAAACUGUCACCAAUUUAGAAAAGAAACAAGAAGAAUAUGAAUUAACGGAAAAAGAGUUAGCACAUAUUGAAUAUAUAAAGAAAAUGGCUGAAGAAUCGGAAUUAGGUUUUAAUUUACCUAAUUCAUUUUUAUCCCAUAAACAAGAUUCAUUAAAAGAUAAUAUUUCAUCUGAAAGUUUUAAUUCAUCAGAAACUUCUGGUGCAGAUGAUAUAAAAUCUUCAUUUAAUUCAUCUUUUGAUAAUUCACAUCCAAUUGAUAUUCCAUGUUUAAUUAAAAAAGAAUCUCCAAUUGAAGAAAUUUUAAUUGAUGAAACUGUUGCCAAUUUAGAAAAUAAACAAGAAGAAUAUGAAUUAACGGAAGAAGAAUUAGCACAUAUUGAAAAUAUAAAAAAAAUGGCUGAAGAAUCAGAAAAAGGUUUGAAUUUACCUAAUUCAUUCUUAACACAGAAACAAGAUUCAUUAAAUGAUAAUGUUUCAUCUGAAAGUUUUAAUUCAUCAGAAACUUCUGGUGCAGAUGAUAUAAAAUCUUCAUUUGACUCUUCCUUUGAUAAUUCACAUCCAAAUGAUAUUCCAUGUUUUACUAAAAAAGAAUCUCCAAUUGAAGAAAUUUUAAUUGAUGAAACUGUUGCCAAUUUAGAAAACAAACAAGAAGAAUAUGAAUUAACAGAAGAAGAAUUAGCACAUAUAGAAUAUAUAAAGAAAAUGGCUGAAGAAUCAGAAAAAGGUUUGAAUUUACCUAAUUUAUUUUUAACACAGAAAAAAGAUACAUUAAAUGAUAAUGUUCUAUCUGAAUAUUCCAACUCAACAGAAACUUUUGGAGCUGAUGAUAUAAAAUCAUCUAUUGACUCAUCUUUGGAUCAAACAGUUACUAAUUUAGAAAACAAACAGGAAGAAUCAGAAUUAGGUGUUAAUAUACCUAAUUCAUCUUUAGCUUAUAAGCAAAAUACAUUAAAAGAUAAUGUUUCAUCUGAAUAUACUAUUUCAUCAGAAACUUCUGGAGCUGAUGAUAAAAAAUCCUCAAUUGAUUCAUCUUUUGAUAAUUCAUAUCCAAUUGAUAUUUCAUGUGAUGUUAAAAAAGAAUCACCAAUUGAAGAAAUUUCAAUUGAUGAAACUGUUACCAAUUUAGGAAAGAAACAAGAAAAAUAUGAAUUAACGGAAGAAGAAUUAGCACAUAUUGAAAAUAUAAAAAAAAUGGCUGAAGAAUCAGAAUUUAACUUUAAUUCAAUUUUAGCCUAUAAACAAGAAACAUUUAAAGAAAAUAGUUUAUCUAAAAGUUUUAAUUCAUCGGAAACUUCUGGAGCUGAUGAUAUAAAAUCAUCUUUUGGUUCUUCUUUUGAUCAGUCUUUUUCAAUUGAUAAACCAUCUUAUUAUGUUAAGAGUUCACAAGUUAAAGAUAUAUUAUCAGAAGAAGUUCUAGUUAGCGGUGAAAACUGUAAUUUUCAUUCUGCAAAAGAAGGCCUUACCAAAGUUGAUUGUUUAAAAAAUCUGACUCAAGAUUUUAAUCUAAUUCAAGAUGAUCAAAGUUGUACUCCUAUUCAAGAAACUGUCAAUUUAAAUGCUGAUUUUACAUUUGAAAACAAUCAAUGUAAACAAUUAAACUCAUCAAAUAUCAUUAAUACAAUUUCUAAUAUUAAUAAUGAAUUAAAUCAAUUUAAUCAUUUGGAAAUUUCGUUAAAUUUUGAUAAUAAUCAAGAAAUCAAAGAUAAUUUUAACGAUGAACCUACAUGUUCUACAAAUAUUUUUGAUAAACAAAUAGAGGAAAUGAGUGAAAAACACAAAAACGUUUAUUUUACUAACAAUUACACUAAAAACAGAUUUUCUAACAAUGUAAUUCAUGAAUACAUUGAUGAUUCUGCUAAAAAUGAGAUUGGUUGUGAAAUGCCAACAAAAGAAUCUUUUUGUGUAGCUAAUAAAUUGGUUGGUGAAAAAGAGUUAUUACCAUCAAAAACUAACAAAAAUUUAAUAUAUUGUAAAAGUGUAUCUUUAUAUGAUAAAACAAAAAUAUUUAUGACACAAGACAGUUAUGAUUUUCCACUAAUAUCUGAAACAAAUGAACAAUCUAAUCCAUGUGUACUUGUUACAAAUAAUGAUUAUACAGAAAAAAUAUCGCUUAACAUUCAAUCGAAAAAAGAGGUAGAAGCAAAUGAAAUAAAUAAAUCGAAUAUGACAAUAGCUAAAGAAAUAUCAGAAAAUUUUGAUAUUGAAUAUAACAAACUUUUUGAAGGUUUCGACUACAAAAACGAUUUAUAUUCAUAUUAUGACAAAAAAUAUAGCCAAAAAGAAAAAAAUAUAAAUAAAAUAAAAAGUGUGAAUUGUAUUGAAACUACAGAAAAAGAAAAAAUAUAUGUCGUAUCUUCUUCUUAUGAACCACAAAACUGCACUGAAGAAAGAACUAUUAAUUUGUUUUAUAAUAAUAAACAAAGAUUAAUAGAAAAUGACAUAAUAGUUUUUAGCAAUUAUUUAUUACCAGUUGUUGAGCAUACGAUAUUUGAAAUUCCAAAAACAAUUUAUAUUUCUUUAAAAAAAGAUAUUGUAAAAGAUGAAGCUAGUUAUAUUUAUUAUGUAAAUAAUAAAGCAGAAGAUUUUAUAACUAUAUAUAAUAAUAAUGUUCAAAAUAGUUUAGAAAAACAAAAAAAGAUUAAAAAAGACUAUAUACCUACAGAAAAUAUAAAAGAAAUAACAAAGAAAUUCAAGAUAAACAACAGCAUUGUAGAUUUAGUAAAAUCAGGUGGCACAAGUAUUUCAGAACAUUCUAAAAAUAUUUUUACAAAAUCUUCUAAUAGUGAUAACACAAAGUCUAUAUUUGAUACAAUUAUAGAUCAAUCUUAUCAAACAGAAAUCUGCCAUAAUAAGAAGAUGUCUUUAAAAUUUAAAGAACCUUCAAUAAUUGAAACAGUUACCAAUUUAGGAAACAAACAAGAAGAAUAUGAAUUAACGGAAGAAGAAUUAGAACAUAUUGAAUAUAUAAAAAAAAUGGCUGAAGAAUCGGAAUUAGGUUUGAAUUUACCUAAUUCAUUUUUAGCUCAUAAACAAGAUACAAUAAAUGAUAAUAUUUCAUCUGAAAAUUCUAAUUCAUCAGAAACUUCUGGUGCAGAUGAUAUAAAAUCUUCAUUUGACUCAUCUUUUGAUAAUUCACAUACAAUUGAUACUCCAUAUUAUACUAAAAAAGAAUCUCCAAUUGAAAAAAUUUCAAUUGACGCAACUGUCACCAAUUUAGGAAACAAACAAGAAGAAUAUAAAUUAACGGAAGAAGAAUUAGCACAUAUUGAAUAUAUAAAAAAAAUGGCUGAAGAAUCGGAAUUAGGUUUGAAUUUACCUAAUUCAUUUUUAGCUCAUAAACAAGAUACAAUAAAUGAUAAUGUUUCAUUUGAAAAUUCUAAUUCAUCAGAAACUUCUGGAGCUGAUGAUAUAAAAUCUUCAUUUGACUCUUCCUUUGAUAAUUCACAUUCAAUUGAUAUUCCAUGUUAUACUAAAAAAGAAUCUCCAGUUGAAGAAAUUUCAGUUGACGAUAUUGUUGCCAAUCUAGGAAACAAACAGAAAGAAUAUGAAUUAACGGAAGAAGAAUUAGAACAUAUUGAAUAUAUAAAGAAAAUGUCUGAAGAAUCGGAAUUAGGUUUGAAUUUACCUAAUUCAUUUUUAGCUAAUAAACAAGAUACAUCAAAAGAUAAUGUUUCAUCUGAAAAUUCUAAUUCAUCAGAAACUUCUGGUGCAGAUGAUAUAAAAUCUUCAUUUAAUUCAUCUUUUGAUAAUUCACAUCCAAUUGAUAUUUCAUGCUAUACUAAAAAAGAUUCCCCAAUUGAAGAAAUUUCAUUUGAUGAAUCUGUUGCCAAUUUAGGAAACAAACAAGAAGAAUAUGAAUUAACGGAAGAAGAAUUAGCACAUAUAGAAUAUGUAAAGAAAAUGGCUGAAGAAUCAGAAAAAGAUGUAAAUUUACCUAAUUCUAUUUUAACACAGAAACAAAAUUCAUUAAAUGAUAAUGUUUCAUUUGAAAAUUCUAAUUCAUCAGAAACUUCUGGAGCUAAUGAUAUAAAAUCUUCAUUUGACUCUUCCUUUGAUAAUUCACAUCCAAUUGAUAUUCCAUGUUUUACUAAAAAAGAAUCUUCAAUUGAAGAAAUUUUAAUUGAUGAAACUGUUGCCAAUUUAGAAAAUAAACAAGAAGAAUUAGCACAUAUUAAAUAUAUAAAGAAAAUGGCUGAAGAAUCGGAAUUAGGUUUAAAUUUACCUAAUUCAUUCUUAACACAGAAACAAGAUUCAUCAAAUGAUAAUAUUUCAUUUGAAAGAUCCAAUUCAUCAGAAACGUCUGGUGCAGAUGAUAUAAAAUCUUCAUUUGACUCAUCUUUUGAUCAUUCACAUACAGUUGAUGUUCCAUCUUAUAAUAAAAAAGAAUCUCCAAUUGAAGAAAUUUCAAUUGACGAAACUGUUACCAAUUUAGAAAAGAAACAAGAAGAAUAUGAAUUAACGGAAAAAGAAUUAGCACAUAUUGAAUAUAUAAAGAAAAUGGCUGAAGAAUCGGAAUUAGGUUUGAAUUUACCUAAUUCAUUUUUAGCUAAUAAACAAGAUACAUCAAAAGAUAAUGUUUCAUCUGAAAAUUCUAAUUCAUCAGAAACUUCUGGUGCAGAUGAUAUAAAAUCUUCAUUUAAUUCAUCUUAUGAUAAUUCACAUCCAAUUGAUAUUUCAUGCUAUACUAAAAAAGAAUCUCCAAUUGAAGAAAUUUUAAUUGAUGAAACAGUUGCCAAUUUAGAAAAUAAACAAGAAGAAUAUGAAUUAACAGAAGAAGAAUUAGCACAUAUUGAAUAUAUAAAAAAAAUGGCUGAAGAAUCAGAAUUCGGUUUAAAUUUACCUAAUUCAUUCUUAACACAGAAACAAGAUACAUUAAAUGAUAAUAUUUCAUUUGAAAGAUCCAAUUCAUCAGAAACUUCUGGUGCAGAUGAUAUAAAAUCUUCAUUUGACUCUUCCUUUGAUAAUUCACAUCCAAUUGAUAUUCCAUGUUUAAUUAAAAAAGAAUCUCCAAUUGAAGAAAUUUUAAUUGAUGAAACUGUUGCCAAUUUAGAAAAUAAACAAGAAGAAUAUGAAUUAACGGAAGAAGAAUUAGCACAUAUUGAAAAUAUAAAAAAAAUGGCUGAAGAAUCAGAAAAAGGUUUGAAUUUACCUAAUUCAUUCUUAACACAGAAACAAGAUUCAUUAAAUGAUAAUGUUUCAUCUGAAAGUUUUAAUUCAUCAGAAACUUCUGUAGCAGAUGAUAUUAAAUCUUCAUUUGACUCAUCUUUUGAUCAUUCACAUCCAGUUGAUAUUCCAUCUUAUAAUAAAAAAGAAUCUCCAAUUGAAGAAAUUUCAAUUGAUGAAUCUGUUACCAAUUUAGGUAACAAACAAGAAGAAUAUGAAUUAACGGAAGAAAAAUUAGCACAUAUUGAAAAUAUAAAAAAAAUGGCUGAAGAAUCAGAAAAAGAUGUAAAUUUACCUAAUUCAUUUUCAUCUCAUAAACAAGAUACAUUAAAUGAAUAUAUUUCAUCUGAUUAUUCUUAUUCAACAGUAACUUCUGUUACUGAUGAUUUAAAAUUAUUAUUUGAAAAAUCUUUUGAUAGUUCACACGCUAUUGAUAUUCCAUGUUGUACUAAAAAAGAAUCACUUAUUGAAGAAGUUACUAUUGAUGAAACAGUUACCAAUUUAGAAAACAAGCAUGAAGAAGACAAAUUAUCAGAGGAUUAUGAAGAUAAAGUUGGGUUAUCUAGACCAUUUAUAACCGUUGAACACGAUAUUCUAAAUGAAAAAGAAAAAUUUGAAUACUCUGAUAUUAAUAUACUAGAAACUUCAAAUACUAGUAAUUCUAAGUUAUUAUUUGAUCAGUUAAAUUUGGUUGAAAAUUCUUUGUUACAGAAAAAAAGUGUUUUUACUAAGGAUCAUUCAAGUUUAGAAACAAUUGAUAAUUUUGAAAGAAAAAAAGAACAAAAUCAAUCAAAUGAAAUGAGAUUAAAUUGCUUAGAGAAUUUCAAUAAAGUGGAAAAAAAAAAGAAAUUAGAUGUUAAAUUGCCUGAAUCUUUUGUUGAACAAAAACAAGAUAUUUUUAAUAGUGGAAAUAGUUUCAAACAUAUAAAUGACCAAUACUUAGAAACAUUUAAAAGUGAAAAAUGUAAAUCUUUGUUUGAAACUUCUUUUGAUCAAAUAUAUACACUCGAAACAUGUACUUUUUCAAAAAAUACAUUACAUCAAACAAACACUUCAUCAGUUGAUGUAAAAACUACUAUCGAAAACAAGCAUAAAAAAAUAGAUAAUUUUGAAUCAGCAAAAAAAGAAAUUGAUCAUAUUUGCUCAAAUGAUAAUGUUCAAUUGCAUUGUGAAAAACAGCAAAAUGAUAAUCAAACAGAAGAAAGAAAUUCAGACAUUUACGAAAAUGAAAUAUCUAUGCUAUUAGAAUCUGAAAAUGUUAACUCUUCAUUUGAUUAUUCAUUUGACUUUUCUGAAAAAACUCCUUUUAUGUCAUACUACAAAAAAGAUUCACCACUUCUUUGUAGUUCAUUUGAAGAACAAAAUAAUGAUGAACAAGAAACAUUUUUUGAAUUAACACAUACCAAAAAAAAUAGUUUAAUAUCAAAAGAAGAUGAAAAAGAAAUUAAUUUAAAUAAAAUAUCCAUACAUAAAAAACAUGAAAGUUUUUCAAGUAAAAAUGUAUCUGAUAAUUACGAUUCCAAUUCAUCAGAAACUUCUGGUGCAAAUGAUAUAAAAUCUUCAUUUGACUCAUCUUUUGAUCAUUCACAUCCAAUUGAUAUUUCAUGCUAUACUAAAAAAGAUUCCCCAAUUGAAGAAAUUUCAAUUGACGAAACUGUUACCAAUUUAGGAAACAAACAAGAAGAAUAUGAAUUAACGGAAGAAGAAUUAGCACAUAUAGAAUAUAUAAAGAAAAUGGCUGAAGAAUCAGAAUUAGGUGAAAAUUUACCUAAUUCUAUUUUAACACAGAAACAAGAUACAUUAAAAGAUAAUGUUUUAUCUGAAAAUUCUAAUUCAACAGAAACUUCUGGAGCUGAUGAUAUAAAAUCUUCAUUUGAUUCAUCUUUUGAUAAUUCACAUACAAUUGAUACUCCAUAUUAUACUAAAAAAGAAUCUCCAAUUGAAAAAAUUUCAAUUGACGAAACUGUCACCAAUUUAGGAAACAAACAAGAAGAAUAUAAAUUAACGGAAGAAGAAUUAGCACAUAUAGAAUAUAUAAAGAAAAUGGCUGAAGAAUCUGAAUUAGGUUUAAAUUUACCUAAUUCAUUUUUAGCUCAUAAACAAGAUACAUUAAAAGAUAAUAUUUCAUUUGAAGAUUCCAAUUCAUCAGAAACUUCUGGAGCAGAUGAUAUUAAAUCUUCAUUUGACUCUUCUUUUGAUAAUUCACAUCCAAAUGAUAUUCCAUGCUAUACUAAAAAAGAUUCCCCAAUUGAAGAAAUUUCAAUUGACGAAACUGUUACCAAUUUAGGAAACAAACAAGAAGAAUAUGAAUUAACAGAAGAAGAAUUAGCACAUAUAGAAUAUAUAAAGAAAAUGGCUGAAGAAUCAGAAUUAGGUGAAAAUUUACCUAAUUCUAUUUUAACACAGAAACAAGAUACAUUAAAAGAUAAUGUUUUAUCUGAAAAUUCUAAUUCAACAGAAACUUCUGGAGCUGAUGAUAUAAAAUCUUCAUUUGAUUCAUCUUUUGAUCAUUCACAUCCAAUUGAUAUUCCAUGUAUUACUAAAAAAGAAUCUCCAAUUGAAGAAAUUUUAAUUGAUAAAACAGUUGCCAAUUUAGAAAAUAAACAAGAAGAAUAUGAAUUAACAGAAGAAGAAUUAGCACAUAUUGAAUAUAUAAAGAAAAUGGCUGAAGAAUCAGAAAAAGGUUUGAAUUUACCUAAUUCAUUCUUAACACAGAAACAAGAUUCAUUAAAUGAUAAUGUUUCAUCUGAAAGUUUUAAUUCAUCAGAAACUUCUGGUGCAGAUGAUAUAAAAUCUUCAUUUGACUCUUCCUUUGAUAAUACACAUCCAAAUGAUAUUCCAUGUAUUACUAAAAAAGAAUCUCCAAUUGAAGAAAUUUUAAUUGAUGAAACAGUUGCCAAUUUAGAAAAUAAACAAGAAGAAUAUGAAUUAACAGAAGAAGAAUUAGCACAUAUUGAAUAUAUAAAGAAAAUGGCUGAAGAAUCGGAAUUAGGUUUAAAUUUACUUAAUUCAUUCUUAACACAGAAACAAGAUUCAUCAAAUGAUAAUAUUUUUUCUGAAAUUUCUAAUUCAUCAGAAACUUCUGGAGCUGAUGAUAUAAAAUCUUCAUUUGACUCUUCCUUUGAUAAUUCACAUACAGUUGAUGUUCCAUCUUAUAAUAAAAAAGAAUCUCCAAUUGAAGAAAUUUCAAUUGACGAAACUGUCACCAAUUUAGAAAAUAAACAAGAAGAAUAUGAAUUAACGGAAGAAAAAUUAGCACAUAUUGAAAAUAUAAAGAAAAUGGCUGAAGAAUCGGAAUUAGGUUUAAAUUUACCUAAUUCAUUUUUAUUCCAUAAACAAGAUUCAUUAAAAGAUAAUAUUUCAUCUGAAAGUUUUAAUUCAUCAGAAACUUCUGGUGCAGAUGAUAUAAAAUCUUCAUUUGACUCAUCUUUUGAUAAUUCACAUCCAAUUGAUAUUCCAUGUUUAAUUAAAAAAGAAUCUCCAAUUGAAGAAAUUUUAAUUGAUGAAACUGUUGCCAAUUUAGAAAAUAAACAAGAAGAAUAUGAAUUAACGGAAGAAGAAUUAGCACAUAUUGAAAAUAUAAAAAAAAUGGCUGAAGAAUCAGAAAAAGGUUUGAAUUUAACUAAUUCAUUCUUAACACAGAAACAAGAUUCAUUAAAUGAUAAUGUUUCAUCCGAAAGUUUUAAUUCAUCAGAAACUUCUGGUGCAGAUGAUAUAAAAUCUUCAUUUGACUCUUCCUUUGAUAAUUCACAUCCAAAUGAUAUUCCAUGUUUUACUAAAAAAGAAUCUCCAAUUGAAGAAAUUUUAAUUGAUGAAACUGUUGCCAAUUUAGAAAAUAAACAAGAAGAAUAUGAAUUAACAGAAGAAGAAUUAGCACAUAUUGAAUAUAUAAAGAAAAUGGCUGAAGAAUCGGAAUUAGGUUUAAAUUUACCUAAUUCAUUCUUAACACAGAAACAAGAUUCAUCAAAUGAUAAUAUUUUAUCUGAAAUUUCUAAUUCAUCAGAAACUUCUGGAGCUGAUGAUAUAAAAUCUUCAUUUGACUCUUCCUUUGAUAAUUCACAUACAGUUGAUGUUCCAUCUUAUAAUAAAAAAGAAUCUCCAAUUGAAGAAAUUUCAAUUGAUGAAACUGUUACCAAUUUAGAAAACAAACAAGAAGAAUAUGAAUUAACGGAAGAAGAAUUAGCACAUAUUGAAAAUAUAAAAAAAAUGGCUGAAGAAUCAGAAAAAGGUUUGAAUUUACCAAAUUCAUUUUUAGCUCAUAAACAUGAUACAUUAAAAGAUUAUAUUUCAUUUGAAGAUUCCAAUUCAACAGAAACUUCUAAAGCAGAUGAUAUUAAAUCUUCAUUUGACUCUUCUUUUGAUUAUUCAUAUCCAAUUGAUCAUUCAUGUUAUACUAAAAAAGAAUUUCCAAUUGACGAAAUUUCAAUUGAUGAAACAUUUACCAAUUUUGACAAUAAAAAAGAAGUGUAUCAAUCAACAGAAGAAAAAUUGUCUAAUUUAAAAAAUUUAAGAAACCUUGAUGAUGUUGAAUUUUCGGAAAACAGUAUGCUUUCUACAAUUUGUGACAACAAUGUUUCCCAAAAUCAUGAAUUUUUUGAAACUGACAAUUUAUUAUCCAGUGAACAUGAAAGUAAUUUAGAACAAAAGGACGAAAAGAAUUCUAUUGCAAAACAGAAUUUUCCUUUAUUUCCCAAAACAGCUGACCAUUUUGAUAAUUUUGCAAGCAAAAUAUCACAAAAUUUGAAUAUUGCUAAAAUACCAACUCAAAAAUCUAUUCAAAUGAGAUUAAAAUCAGAAGGAAACAUAUUUUCAGAUGUCUUCAAUAAUACAAUAUAUGAAGAAAUUUCAAAUUCUUCUAGUAAUGAUAAUGUUAAUUUUUAUCCAUCAAAUAAUAAAAAUUAUACAAAUCAAGAAUAUUAUGGUGCACAAACUUCACUUGAUUCAUCUUUACUUCAAAAAGAACAAAAUUAUGAAAAUUUAUCUUUUUAUGUUAAGCAAGCACAAUAUAAAAAUGGUAUUCCAAAAUCAUUAGAGUCAAGAAUAUUUACUCAUCGUGAGUAUAUUAAAAAUAAUAUAUUAAAUAAUGAUAAUUUUAAUAAUCACUUUUUAAAACAACGUAGUUCAUCAAUUGAUUUUGCAUGCCAUCGUCGUGGAAAAAUGAAUAGAAAUAGACGACAACAUUUUAAAGAAAAUAUUGCUUUUUUGAAAAAUAUAAAUAGUUUUGAAAAAUGCGAACAUAGAAGCUAUAAUGUUGAAACAGCUGAUCUUACAAAUAUUAAUUUUUUGGUGAGAUUAAAUUUUUAUGCAUUAAAAUUAAGUGGAGAAAUUGCUGAAAAAGCAGGAGCAGAUUUAAUUUGUUAUCUUAAAAAUCAAAAUAAUCCACGUGUUAGGUAUUUUGAAAAUCGUAAUGUACCAUUUGAACAUGAAGAUUUUGUUGAAUCAUUGGAAAAUAGUGAGGAAGAAAAUUUAUUACAAAACUUUAAAGUAUUGGAGACUAAACAUUCAGACACAAAAAAAACAAAUAUUAAAUCAUCUCCAUUCUCUAUCAAUAUUAAAGGAUUUUUAAAUACAACAAAAUCUUAUUUAUAUAAUAAUAAAAAGAAUCAAAAUCUUCCCAUAUCACAACCUGAACUACCCAACUUUUCAAGAAAAUUUUCUUCUGAUUUAUCAAAAAAUUUAAUUAAACAUGAAAAGCCUUUAUUAAGAAAAAAUUCUGAUAUAUUAAAUCUUUUUAGAAAAGCAAGUUAUUCUUCUUUAACUGUAGAACCACCAAUUUAUCUUCCUGAUAAUGCCUUAAAAGGACUAACAGAUGAUGAAAUUAAUCAUAUUUCUUCUGUUAUUAAAAAUGCAAAUAGUUUUCACACCAAAUCUCCAAAAACAUCAGUUCAGUAUGAAAAUUUGAAUAUAGAAAAUUUGAACAUGGAGGAACAAAAACAUGUCAAAAAUGUAUUAAGAAAAGCUUCAUUGAUUGAAGCAGAAUUUCAUUCCAAACAUUUUAAUAAACCACUAUUUGAAAAUGAAAAUAAUAGUAAUCUUGAUAAUUACAACACUGAUGAUAAUAUUUUGACAUCUGAAGAAAUUAAACACAUAGAAAAAAUUGCAAAACUAGCAGAAAUGGAUGAUGCUAUCAAUAAAUUUACUAUAAAAACAUUUGAAAAUGAUAUUUUUAAAAAUAAUUUGGAUUUAAAUGUUGAACCUGAACAUGUUUCUUUUACAAAUAAUUUGAAAAUAGAAGAAAAGAAACAUUCUGCUGUUAAAGUUCAGAUGCACAAUGGAUUAAAGUCAACAACAAUAAGUAGUUUUGACAAUUCUUCCGAAUUAACGCAAGAAGAAUUAAAUCACAUUGCCAAAAUCAACCAAAUGGCGGAAGAAGAUACUGCAAUGGAUGUAUUCUAUGGAAGAGUUAAGUCAGAAGAAAAUCAACCAAAUAGAUUUAACGAGGAAUUGACAGAAGAAGAAUUAGAACACAUAAGAAAAAUUAAUGAAAUGGCUAUUAAAGAAGCAGAGUUUGACAUGAAUAAUCUUAAUUCUAAACAAAAUAUUACUAAAACUUUCUACAACAUGGAGACAGAUGAAUAUAGUAGCGAUUCUGAAGAUAGAAACGAAUCUUAUAUUAAUAGUGUUGAUAAAACUGAUAGUUCAGAUGAAAUGUUAUUAAAUGACAAAUUAUAUGAUACUAAUAAAUGUGAUAAAAUUUCAACAAAAGAAUAUCAAUUAACUGAUGAAGAAAUUAAUUAUAUAAAAAAAAUUCAAGAAUUAGCAGAGCAAGAAAAUUCAAUUUCAUACACCCAAACUCCAUUUAUACAAGAGAAUACACCUAUUACUACAAUAAAAAAAGAACUAUCAUUAACAAAUGAGGAAAUAGAACACAUAAAAAUGAUUCAAAAUAUGGCUGAUACUGAUGCAUCCAAUACUCAUAUAAAAUUGCAUGAAAAAUCAUCACUAUUAAAGUCUGACAAUAAUGAAUUAACAAAAGAUGAAAUAGAACAUAUACGAAAAGUGGAAACAAUGAUUGAUCAAGAAGAACAAAAAACAAUUUUAACAUUAAAAAAUCAUGAAUCACCAGAAAAACCUAUUUUAUCAAAAGUUUCCCAGCUAACUAAUGAAGAAAUUGAACAUAUAAAUAAAAUACAAAAAAUGAUAGAAAUGGAUGAAUUAGCUUCAUAUUCACAUUUAUCAAAGAAUAAGGGUAUAGAAUUUGAAAUUUUGUCUAACUCUAAAAAUAGCAAAUAUAAAAAAGAAAAUAUGUCAAAAAAUGAAUUAAUUAGUAAUUAUAUAAAUAAUGAUAUUCACGAAAUGAUAGAUAAAAAAUUGAUAAGUACAGAUAGAAAUUUAACUCAAUGUAAUAAAAUAAUGACAGCUGAAGAUGAAUUUUUAAAUAAUAUAACAUCAACUCAAAUAUCUUCUUCUAAUUUAUAUAAUAUUUCUUUACCAUCUGAUUUUAUUGAGCCAAAAAAAUUCCAACCAUAUAAAAGUACAGACUCAUCAACUACUUUAGAAAGUGUUAGUAGUAGCAUAAGUAAUAAAAAAGAUUCUAAUUUAUACAACGAAAAUAAAGAAAAAUCAUGUUCAUCAAAAUAUACAAGUACUGAUACUGGUAACUUUAGUGAUUAUUCAGAUGAUUCAAUUAAAUACAAUAAAAAUUUUGAUGAUAAAAUUGAAAUUAAUGAACCAUUUAAACAAUCUAAAGAUAGAUUAAAAAUUCAAAAAUUAAAACGUUCAAAAAGUUUAGAAUGUUUAUCAUUGAUUGAAUCUGAUGAGGAUAUAGAUUUAUCUUAUGCUUUACAUAUACGUUAUUCACUACCAUUAAAUUUAAUAUCAAAUGAUACAAAAGAAUAUUAUAAAAACACUCAAGAGACAGAACAAAUUUUUGCUCAGAUUCAACAAUUUAAUGAACCAGAAUAUAUUAAUAAAAUUUUGAAUGUUGAAGAGAAGUAUCAACCAAAAAAUAUUUUAUUAAAUGAAGAAACAAAAACUAUUUGUGAUAUUGAGGAAGAAGAAGGCAACCAAUAUGAAAAAUGGAAUGAAAACAAUGGUACUAAAAUUAUUUAUUCAAAAGAGUCCCAUGACGAUAAAAAAUAUAUAGAUUUUUGUAAAACACCAAUAUUAAGAAAAAAAAUUGAAAAUAUAAUUAAAAUCGAUAGUUCAAAUGAUAAUAUUUAUGGAAAUGAAAGAACCAAAGCAUCUACAAAUUUAUUCUUAACAUCGGUAAAUGAGGAUAAGUCUAGUAAGCAAGAUAUAUUAAAGACACAUGAACAAAUAGAAAAAAGAGUAGAUGCCGAGAGUCAUUCUUUGUUCAGUCAACACUUAGACUUUAAUGGUAGUAACCUCUUACAUCAGUUAAAUUGUGAAAAUUUAUCUCUUAUUUCUGGCAAAAGCAAUAGUAUCAGCACUUUUUAUAGUACAGGAGAAGAGAAUAAAGUAAGAGAACAAAUAAGACAGACCUCCUCAUCAUGUAACCAGGCAUCCUCUAUUGGUUCUGACUAUAUUUAUCAUUCAAAUGAAAGCACAUAUAAACAUAAUAUUUUGCCAAUAACUUCUGCACCCAACAAUAUUUCUCUUUUGGACAAACAUUAUCAUUUAACCAACGAGAACAGUAGGAUAAAUAAGGAAAAUAGUAAUAUCAUCAAAGACAAAAACGUUGUUGUGGAAAACAGCAACAUUGACCAAACAUUUCUUCCUUCCUUUUCUUUUCCUCAAUUAAUAAAUAACAAAAUUCAUAAUAAUAAUAUUGAAAGUAAAAAUUUAUCUUCUACUACCUUUGAAGAAAAUAAUUCUACUAAUAUUUUUAAUACAACACCUUCUUCUUUAACAUCUAUUUUACAAGAUAAGGAAUUCUUUAAUUCUUCAAUUGGAAUUCCAUUAAAUUCUCAAAACCAGGUAUCAAAUAUCACAAAUGAAGUUUACGAAAAUAAUUUAACAAAUACCAAAUUUAGUAAUGAUAAUAUAAUCGGGUAUAUUGGAUCGGAAAAUUUUGGAAGAGAAGUAUCAUCACCACAAAAAAUAGUAGAUAAAACAUUAUUUUCAAAAGCAAACUUUAAAAUGUUUAAGUCAUCAAAUAGUGGUUUCUCACGAUUUGGAAGUUUAGGAAAACUAGCAAAUGCCGCUAUAAGUAGUGCCCAAAAAGCAGGAGAGCAAAUUACGGCAGUUGCUAAUAAUGCAGUUGCUCAAGCUACCAGUAUGGAUAAUAUUACUUCUUUAGGACAGAAUACACAACAACAAUCCUCAAAAGAUCUUUCUUAUUCUUUAUCUCCAUCUUCAAAUAAAAGAACCCAAAGUGCUUUUAAUGUAUCUGAAGGUGGUAAUAUUCAACAUCAAUCAAAAGAAGGAAGUAUGUCGACAAAUUAUAUUUCAAGUGCAAUACCAACAAACAUCCCAAAUCCUAUUGAAUUGCCUCCAGGUUUAGAGGAGUUAUCAGAUGAAGAAAGACGUAAGAUUUUAGCUAUAUUAAUAGAAGCUGAAAAUAUUAAUAAUGCAGAUUAUAAUGUCCAACCAACAAUAAAACAAAAUGAAUGUAUUGAAAAAGCACAACAACAACAACACCAACAACAAGAAGUUAAUAUAACUCAUCAAAAUAUUAAAAAUGAUAUUACUAAUGAAAGGAUUUUUAAUGAAGAGAAAAAGCCUUCAUUAUCAGAAAUUAAAGAUAGUCAUCCAAUUAAUUAUUCUAGAGACAAUCAAUUAAAUAAAAAUGAAAUGCACUUUAAAGAUUAUUCUCCAAAUGUAAUAGAAACAAAAAGUGACAUACCAAAGUAUAAUGAGGUAAAGGAAAAAGAAUAUUCACAGGCAUCCUUGAUAACAAAUAUUCCUAAUGAAGACAGUGAAAAUUAUGAUAAUAAAAUAUCUUAUAAUGUUGGCAAAAAUGUAAAUGAUUCAUCGUAUUCAAAUACAUUUGAGACACCUAAUAAUUUAAAUUUCAAAAAAGAAUAUAAUAAUAAAAAUAAUGAAAAAUUUAAUGACAAUGAAACAUAUUUAGAUAGAAGUAAUAAUACUUCUUCAACUGACGAUAAAAUAAAAAAUAAUAAUAUUGUUGAUAAUUACGGUAAUAAUGAUAUAAAACAUUCUGGCACACUUCAACAAUACCCAUUAACAAUUGAUAACGUAUCAUCAAAUUAUAUUUAUGAUAAUGAUGCUAUUUCUAAUGUUUCACCACAAUAUGAGUACUAUGAAGAUUCAGAAAUUAAACAAUAUGAAAAUCUUGAAAAAGAUAUUUAUAAUAAUAUAUCAUCAACUAAAGGAAAUUCGGUAAAUCUUAUUUUAUCACCAAAUGAAAAUGAUAGUAAUGUUGGAAAAGUAGAUGGUGUUGAGUUAUCAGGAGAAAUGUUAUAUUCAUCGUAUGACGAUACAGAAGAUCUUGAUAAUAUUGAACUUGAAAAUGUUUAUACAAUGAAAAAACCAAGAAUGUGGACAACGGUUUUUACAGAUGAGAAUGAUUCAGAAGAUGGUUGUAAUGAUAAUGGUGGUGUCUCAACAUCAGUUAAUUUAGUGGAAAAACAUGAUGAUUGGUUAAUGGAAGAUAGCAGUUGUCAACCAAUGGUAUCUGAUACAACUAACAGAAUAUCUGCUUUAAAUAUGAUGGGAAAUUCUGAUGAAGGAUAUGAGGUUGAAAUGGACGAUCCAUUAUCACAAGAAAUGGUUAUUACGAAUUUACAAAAUGUAUCAUCAUCAGGAUAUGGACAACAUCAUUCAGAUUCUAAUAAAAAAAAUACAUCAUUAAAUAGACAUUCAAUAAAUGAAACUCCAGUUAUACUAGUCACUUCUCAUAAAGAUGACCAACAUGUUAAUAGAUAUGAAGACUCAUCUGAAGGUGAUACAAGUCCUAGUUCUGAUGAAGACGAUUAUCCAGAUCAUGUUAUUGAAGUACCAACAAUGGCACCAACAAUUAAUUAUGAUGAUACAAUAGAUAAUGAAAAAAAAUUAGCAUUAGAAAGGGAAAUUAUCCAGCAAAUACAAUCAUUUGGUGAGGCUGCAAACGAUGAAUUUGAUGUUCAAUGGAAAUCGGAAAAUGAACAAAAUAACGAAAAAAGAAAAGAUAUUGAAAAAGGAAAACAAUCACAAGAUAAUUUAGAUAAAAAUCAAUCAAAUAAUCGUAUUAAUCCAUUUAUAGAUAAUUCUAAAUUUAAUGAUUUUACAGCAAAUGAUGCUUCAACAGCAUACGAAGAUGACAUUUCAAAUAGUGGUGAGUCAUCUACUGUUAUUGUAAAAUCAUUGAAAAAUAGAUCAGAUCAAGAAGAUGCUAAAAAUAAAAUUAAUUCAACAUCUUCUCAAGUAUUACGUCCAGGGCCUGUUUAUACAAUUCCAGAAAAUAUUGAAGAAGAUUCUUCUAAUAAUACUGAAGAAAAGUAUAUUGCUCACAAAAUUGAAAGAAAACCUUUAAUUAUAUCUUUAAAUGAAAUAGAUAAAUAUCAGUUGGCAAAAAAUAAUAAUCAAAUUAAUAAAAAAACAUAUAAUGAUCAUCAAAUAUACUCAGGACAAAUAAAAAAUUAUAAUGAAAAUAAAGAAAUUAUUGAUAAUGGAAAAAUAAAUAAUAUUGUAACAUUAAAAGAAGAUAAAAGUAAUAAUAAACAAUCGUCAGAUUUAUCUAACAAUUUAAUAAAAAGACAAUCUACUCAAUCUACAUCGGGACAACAAUCAGCAAUUUCAAGUAUUUCAGAAUAUACUGAACAAACUAACAGACGUUUAAAGGAAUUAGAAGAACGCCUUGAAUCAAAAACAAAUAAAGAUAUGGAAACUGUCAAAAAGCAACUUAAUCAAUUAUUACAACAAGGAAAUAAUGUAAAUUCUGAUAAAAGAUUAAAUAAUGAUAUAACAGAUGGAGCAUCUAUAUACGAUAAUAGUCGUUUUAAAUAUAAAAUAUCUGAUGAUAAAAAAUACAAAGAGAAUUAUGGUAAAUCAAAUGAUAUAAUUCAAUCACAUGAUUAUCCUAAUUUGUUUCCUAAAUUAUUAGAUAAUGCUACAGAAAAAGAUAUUAUUGAAGCAUCAAUUGCAAAUACCAAUGAUAAUUCUUUUGCUAAAUUAAAACGUUCUCCAGCAAUGAUAUUAACAUCUGAAGAUUCAAUAAAUAAUAGUAGAAUAAAUGAAAUGAUUGAAAAAUCUCAGAUUAAUACAAUUAAAAAUGAUGAUGAAACAAUUAGUCAAAAUAUUGUAACAUUUGAAACUGGAAGAAGAAAGUUACCAUCACUUCCUAUACAGCAUCAAUCAAUUCCUCAACAACGUUUUUCUACGCAAUCAUUAUAUUAUUCUUAUUCACUUGCUAAUCUUCUUGGUACACCUUCUUCUAAUGAACUACCAAAAGAUUUUACAUUGUCAUAUGAUGAUUUAACUAAAUUUUCUCUUAAUCCUGGGAAUCAAACAUCUUUAACUAUAUCUAAUGAUGAUGAAAAAAGAAAAACAUUAUCAGGAACAUUUAAAUUAUCAAAUGAUAUUAAUGAUUCAAUGACAAAAAUAACUCAAGAUAAUUUUACACUUUCAACUAAAGUUGGUUUAAAUAAUGCCAGUAAAAUUGCUUUUACUAAUGAACCAUCUAUUCAUCCUGGAGCUUCAUUUAGAAAACCAAAUUCUUUACCACAACAACAAAUGUUUUUUAUACCAUCAAAUUUACAUUCACAAGUAUUAGGACAAUCUGAUAAUAAUUAUGAUAAUUUUAUAAAAACAUCAGGAACAAUACCAUCAAAUAUUUCUUUAUUAAAAGGUAAGAUUCAACAAUCUAUUUUAACACAACCAAUAGAGAAACAACAAAAGAUGUGUGAUAUAAUGGCACGUGUAGCAUUUAAAAAUGAAUUAAAAGAAAAAUUAGCUAAACGUUUAUUGUUAAAUGAUAAAACAGAAAUUGAAGCUAAUCAAAGAAAUUAUAAAAUUAAUAAAAUGUAUACUACAGGAAUUGUAACUGAAAUAAGACCACCAGAAUUAAAUCUUAUUCCUGAUACAAUUAAAUCUGAUUUACCAGAAGAGAUAACCAAAAAUGCACGAAUUACAAAGACAAAAGAUUUAAUUGAUAGUAUUGAUACAUUUGAAAAUUUAAAAAAUUCUUUUGAUCAAUUUGAUAUGAAAAUGAAAAAAUUAUAUAAUUAUCCUGUAGUAACUUCUAAAAAUUUACCAUUAUAUCAUUUAUCACAAAAUCAUGAAAAAUCAACAUCUAUAUCAAAUUCAAAUAAACCACAAUUAUCAUUAGAUAAUAUAAAUGUUUCUUCAUUAAAAUCUGUUGCUUGUCAAUGUGAUCCAUCAUCAAUUCCUAUAUAUAAAACAACUGAUAAAAAAAUUUAUUUUGAAGCUGAAACACAAACAAAUAUUUUAGAUACUCUUACUUUACCUAUAUAUCAAACUAAUACUAAUAAAAUAUUAGAUAAUAAAAAAGAAAAAGACAACAUAAAAGAUAAUGAAUCAUAUUUAGUAAAUACUACAGGUAAAAAGAACCAGUCAUCUCAAAUAUUUGAUAAUAAGAAUAGCAAUGUUGAAUGCCAGACAGAUGUUAGUUUAUUAUUAUUAAAAAAUAAACAAAAAGAAGAUCAAAAGAUAUUUAAUUCUAUUCCAAAUUUGUCAGAAUAUGACAAUAAUUUAUAUAAUUCAUAUAAUAUUUAUAAUCCUAUAACAGGAUUUUUAAGAAGGUCUAAUAUUUCUAAAGAUAUAAAUAAUGAUACUAUAAAAAAUUAUAAUCAAAAUAUGCAAUAUGUAUCAAUGACACAUUUAAAUAAUUUAGAAGGAAGUUUUUAUUCACCAAAAUGUUAUACUAAUAAAGGUGAAAAUAUAGAUUCACAACAAUUUUAUUCAAGUUUAGAAGCUUUAAAUACACUUGGAGGAGAAGAAGAUUUAGAAUAUAAAAGAAUGGAUGCAAUGAAUGAAAUUGCUAAAAGGAAAGAAAAAUUAAAUACUUUAAGAAGAAUAAAAGAAACUAUAAAUACAGGAAACAAUUUUGGUUUAAAUAGACCCCUUCAACAAUUAAUUUUAAAUAAGUCUCAAGACCAAUUAUAUGAAACAGAUUAUUCCUCAACUGUUCCACAUUAUAGUUCAAUGCCUAUGUUAUCUGAACAGUCAAAUAUAUAUGAUAUUAAUGAUUGUAUUUUACAAGAUGCUAUUAAAAAUCCAUAUUCAACUUUAGGAAGACGUUAUAGAGAACAAAAUUUAUCAAGAGAUACCAAUCGUUAUAAAUAUUUUGAUAAUAAUUUAAAUUAUCAUUCAUCAUUACCAAGAAAUUAUGGACUUUCAAGAUCAUAUGAUAAUCAAAGAAAUGUAGAAUCAAAUAUUUUAGGAUAUCAACAAUCAUUAUCUAAUCAAUUAUCUACUCGUGAUAAUAUUAAUAGACCAUAUUUAAGUAAAAGUGUUUAUGAUUUAAAUAAUCCAUACCAAAUGAGAGAAGAUAAUAUUUAUGGAAAUAUUUAUGAUCAACAACAAGGAUAUGAAAUAAGAAAAAAUUUAUUAGAUAAAAAUUUAUCACGUUCUUAUAAUGGAUUAUUAGAUCCCUAUAAUAGUAAUAUUUACAGACAUUCAAAUCACAUUAAUAAUUUAUUACAACACAAACAAGAAGAAAUGCAAAAUGAUAUGCUCACAGAAUAUGCUAAUUAUCUAAAUAAACAUUAUAUGUCUGGAGGUAACGAUGUUGAUAAUAAUUUAAUAAAUGAUAUUAUAUCAUCACGUCAAGGACAAAUACCUGAAACAGAUCUUGUUUAUGAUAACCAAUAUCAAUAUCAUCAAAACACAUUAAUACCGUAUUUUGAUAAUAAUAUGAGUAAUAUGAAAACAAAUAUCCCAAUGGAUUCAUUUCAAAAUUAUUAUAGAAGUGCUACACUUCCAAGUCAAGUAUAUAGUAGAAAAGAAGCUAAUUAUGGUGCAAGGCCAUUUACUCGUGUUGGAGAAUAUGGUAAUGGUUUUCGUAAUAAUAAUAAUUUACAACAACAAAACCAAUAUUCUGAUAUUCGAAAAAAUCAAUUGAAUGAUUAUCAAUAUAAUAUUAAUAAAUUUUCACCUUAUAAUAAUCAUACAUCUUUAACAGAUGAAAUAAAUGCACAUUUAAAAGAAGAUCCAUUAUCAAAAGUUUAUGCAACUAUUAAACAAGAUAAUUAUAGAAAAAAUUUAUUAAAUAAUUAUAAUAAUAUUGAAGGAGAACAUUUGAAUAGAAAUGAUUAUUCUAAUAUGUAUCAUCAGAAAUCAUUGUUUAGACCAUUACCAUCUGUUUUGAAAAAAACAUCAAUUUUUGAUUUACAAAAUAAUGAUAAUAAUCAUUUAUAUAGAAAUUAUAAAAAUUUUAUGGAUAGAAAAGAACAAUAUUAUUCACCAUAUAAUAAUUCAAAGAAAGAUUUAUCAUUAUUUAAUAUAUCAAUGCCAGAAGAUUUACCAAUAAAAAGAAGAUUACGUGAAUCAUCAAUAAAAAGAAUUUUAUUAACAAGAAAAUAUAAAAAUAGUAAUUUUUUUAAUGAUACUGGAAUUAGAAUAACAGGUGGUAAAAAAUUAGAUGAUGGUGAUUUAGGUGCAUUUAUAACAGCUAUUAAUAAAAAUCAUUGUUAUGAAACAUUAGGUGAAAUUCAAGAAGGUGAUCAAGUAUUAGCUAUUAAUGAUAUAAGUCUUUCAGGUAAAAGUUAUGAAGAAGUUGAAAGAAUAUUAAAUAGUAGUAAAGGUGAAAUUGAAAUUGCUAUAAAACCAGGUAAAAAAAAUGAUAAUUCAGGAGGAAUUUUAUCUUCUACAAAUAAUGAUAGAAUGUAUGAUGAUGUCCCAGGAGAUAACAAUGGUAUUUAUAAAAAACCAUUAAAAAGUACAUUAAAAAAAUCAUCUACACGUAGUAUAAAUAGACAAGUUUAUUACGAAGAUUCUACACCUGAUGGUAUUUCAGAUGGAAGAAUAAAAGAAGCUCCACCAAUACCUGCACAUAGACAUGAACUUACAAAUACUAAUUAUAAUACAAAUGAUUGUGGAAAAAAUAAUGAUUAUAAUUAUAGCCCUAAACGAUUACCAAAAUCAAUAAAUAAUUCAAAUGGUUAUCUACAAAUAGCAUUAGCUUAUGAUUUAUCACAAAAUUUACUUUUUGUUACAGUUAUUGCUGCUAGAAAUUUGAAAAUGAAAAGUACAUAUGAUUCUAUCGUUUUACCAAACCCAUUUGUCAAAAUUUAUUUAUUACCAAAUAGAAAAGUAUCUAGUAAACGUAGAACAAAAUAUAUUCCUAAUACAUCAGAUCCUGUAUGGAAUCAGAUGGUUGAAUAUCAUGUUUCAUAUGAAAGAUUACCCUCACAAUGGUUAGAAUUUACUGUUUGGGAUUAUGAUAAAUAUAGCGAUAGUUUGUCUUUAGGACAAGUAAUAAUAUCAUUAUCUGAUUCACAGAUAUUUGAUAAUCGUCCACGUUGGUAUCCAUUACACUCAACUAGAGGAGAAUCAGAAUCAAUUUUAAAUAAUACUUCUACUUCAUCCUACAAUUCAUCAUUUUCAAAAAAUCUUAGCAAACCUUCUUUCAUAAAAGCAAUUUGUUAG